AUGGCCUCACCACUGGGCACUCUGGCGAAUGCCGCCGCUGACACCAUAUCGCAUAUCAACAAGCGUAUCUACAUCCCGCUAGAAGCUGACAGUCCCGCCGGACUGGUAGAGGCCAACACUGUCGACCCUUGGACCGAGUCCGGAAAGUAUGCUAGAGGAUGGACAUACUUCGCUUUGGCGCUGGCUGGCACAGUCGUCUUUAUGCGAGUCUGGCACUUCUGGCAAGACAAGAUCCGACAGGCCAUUUACAAGGCCGAAGUCGAGCAGCACUACGAGGACAUGUACACCCUCGACCCAGAACGAGCAACCGCGCUGAGGACCGGCCAGGUGGCGCAGCACUUCUUCCCCGAGACCGAAGGCCUUGGGGAGAAGCAAUUCCGCCCUCAGAAGCACAUGUCCUCCGUCAACUGGAUCAAUGACACGUUGGCGCUCUUUCGGUGGAUCUUCUACCGACCCAUCCCCGAUAUCAAGAUCAAGCGACACGUUUUUACCUUUUCAUCCCUCGCUGUCCUGACGACCGUCUUCAUCGCACUGGUAUUCGUGGUUCUGUACUGCUUCCUGCUGCAGCCACUCUACUGGCAGAGCAUACAGUUUGGUUCGCCCCCCGUUGCAAUUCGGGCUGGCAUGCUUGCUGUCGCCCUGACGCCUUGGAUCAUCGCAACGAGCAUGAAGGCCAACGUUAUGUCCUUCGUCAUCGGCAUAGGGCCCGAACGCCUCAAUGUAUUCCACAGAUGGGCUGGAUAUCUCGUCCUUUUCUUGUCACUCGUUCAUACCGUCCCCUUCUAUGUGCAACCAGUCUGGGACGAUGGUGGCAUGGAAGUGUUCCAGAAGCUGUUUGAAGGCGGAAGCGGAGUUAUCUACGGCACCGGUAUCGCCUGCUUAGUCCCGCUGGCCUGGCUCUGCGUCGCCUCUCUGCCGCCGAUCAGGAGAGUCGCGUAUGAGGCAUUCAUUCUGCUUCACAUCCCCGUGGCCAUGGUCUACGUCGGCUUGCUCUUCUGGCACACCAAGAACUAUCUGGCCUCAUGGGAUUAUCUAUGGGCCACUGUCGCCAUCUGGGUCUUCUGUCUCGUAUACCGCGCUUUCAAGCUCAACUGGCUCAAGCCGUGGCGACUGGCGUUCAUGGUUGGUGACGAGGCUGCCAUUACUCUUCUGGCAGAAAACGCAAUCAAGGUCACGAUCCCCACCCAGAUGAGGUGGAAGCCCGGCCAAUUUGUCUAUCUCCGCAUGCCCGGCAUUUCUCUCUUCGAGAACCACCCCUUUACCAUUUCUUCCUUGUGCAGCGAGGACUUCCCCUCCGAAUACGGAGAACAGUACCGAGACUGCGUCGUUGUGUUCAAGCCCUACGGUGGCUUCACGCGCAAGGUCCUCAACACAGCGAUCGAGAAGGGGCCUUUCCACACGUACCGUGCCUUCCUUGAUGGACCUUACGGCGGCAUGCGAAGAGAUCUCGCUGCAUUCGAUACGUGCAUCCUGAUUGCGGGUGGAAGCGGCAUCACCGCAUUGAUGUCGCAACUCCUCAACCUAAUCAAGCGUAUGCGCGACGGCAAGGCAAUCACGAGAAAGGUUGUCGUCGUCUGGGCCAUCAAGCGCCUCGAGUCUCUCGACUGGUUCCGCGAGGAGCUCCGGAUUUGCCGGGAGUCAGCGCCACCAGAGAGUGUCACUUGCAAGUUCUUCGUUACGUCGACGGUUCGGAACCGCCACCAGCAGAUCGGAGGCGGCGCCGACCGCUCGGCACCCCGCGCUCUCAGCCACAUGUUCCAUGACAAGUUGGACGGCUUCGUUGCCGGCGUCGCAUCCAAACGCAACUCGGCUCUCAUCCAGGCCGAGGCCCAGGGCGACCCUGCACGCGAGCAGGAACUCCGCGCCGAGAAUGAGGACAGAAUCACAGCCCUGCCUCAGCAAAAGUACUUGCAACCACACCAAUAUCCCCUACCAGGACCCAACGGUCCGCCAUCGAACAGACACUCAUUGCAAGAGGACUCACUCCGAAGGCUCGAGGGCCGCGAUUUCCCGCUCGACGUCAAGAGUGAUACCGACAAGCGAGCCUCUCGUGACUUCCACUUCCCCCCAAUCAACACAAAAGACGCCCCUCAUUUCAACUACGCUCCACCACAACCCUCGCCGCGCAUGCCGCCACCCGAGAGCCCCUACGCAGAUGAGGACGGCUCCGACCUCCCGGUCCGUGCUCCCGAGCUCGCUCACCUCCGCAAGCUCAGCCCUGAGGCCGCGGCACGUGCGGCGGCGCAGAGACCGACAAGCACGUUCGGCCCUCCAUCAGGCUUCGACUUUGGGUUCCCACAAACGCCAACCGAGUUCCAGAAGAACUUGAUGCGUUUUGCUUUCCCAAUUCCCCACCAAAUCGAUGGCGGCUGGACCGUCGAAUAUGGCCGGCCGGAUCUGGGCUACAUGCUCAAGGAGUGGGCGACAGGCGGCGCCGACGGACGCGGCAUCCUCGGCCGACGAACCGCUGUCUUUGUGUGCGGGCCUCCUGCCAUGCGUGUGGGCGUUGCCAACACAGUUGCGUCGCUGCAGGCGGGCAUCUGGGGCGAUGAUGAGCUUGAAGAGAUCUUCCUGCACACCGAGAACUAUGCCCUGUGA